CUCGACACGGCAGCUUAAGACCAGUCUCUUCCUCCCUUUCAGCUUGGCAUCUCCUCCCUUCCUUGCUUGGCUAGCGUUCUCACCCCCCUGCCACCUCGCCCGCUCUCCUGUCUCCUCCCCACCCUUCCCCUCCCUCGGGCGGCGUCUCGUCGGGAGUAAAGGGGGCUGCUUUGGGCGCGGCGCGGCGCAGCCCCCCUCAGAUCUGGGCCGGCGGCGGUGGCGGCGAGCGGCAGGAGCAGGACGGCGGAGGGCGGGAUGAAGUCGUCGCUGAGGACCCGGCAGGAGCCGCGGCGGGUCAGCAACGGCGUCAUCAUCGGCGCCAUGCUGCUGUCCCUCUGCGUCCUCAGCAUCGUCAAGGCCAGAUACUGCGCCACCCCCUUCGGCAAGGCCGAGGACCAGCUCCAGGAGCAGAUGAACUCCAGCAUCAGGAUGGAGCCGGAGGAGUCGUCGCCGGCCAGGACGCCCGGAGAGGAGGAGGACGAGCAGGAAGAGGAAGAAGAAGAAAACGGGGCAUCGGCGACCCCCGCCACCACCACGGCGCCUGCGGUGACGAAGACGACGCCGACGGCCGUCCCGGCCACCGCCGGCAACAGGGGCAAGGUGAGCAAGGGCGGCAAGGGCAAGCCGACGUGCUACAUGACGAGCAAGCGGUCGGAGCGGUGCGACGCGUCAGGUGACAUCCGGGUGGACGGGAACCGCUCCGCCAUCUACGUCAGCGGGAUAGACAAGGAGUGGAAGACCAAGCCGUACGCGCGCUACCACGACCCCGUGGCCAUGGCCCACGUCCGCGAGUACACCCUCAAGCCGCUCCCGGCGGCGGAGGCGCCGGCGUGCACCAGGAACCACUCCGUCCCUGGCUUCCUCUUCUCCAACGGCGGCUUCUCCGGCAACCUGUACCACGACUACACCGACGUGCUGGUGCCGCUGUUCAUCAGCACCCACCAGUUCCGUGGCCGCGUGCAGUUCCUGCUCAGCGGGAUGAAGCCGUGGUGGGUGGCCAAGUUCACCCCGUUCUUCCGGCAGCUCACCAAGUACGACGUCAUCGACGUGGACAACGACCAGGAGGUGCACUGCUUCCCCCGGAUCGUGGCCGGCGCCACCUUCCACAAGGACAUGGGCGUCGACCCACGCCGGUCGCCGGGCCACGUCUCCGUGGUGGACUUCAAGCGCGCGCUGCGCCGCGCGUUCGGCCUGGAGCGCGAGGCGGCGUCCCGCGGCGGCGCCACGGGCCACGGCAAGCCACGCCUCCUCAUCAUCUCCCGCCGUGGCUCCCGCCGGUUCCUGAACGAGCGUGAGAUGGCGCGGGCCGCCGCCGACGCCGGGUUCGAGGUGCGUGUGGCGGAGCCCGACCAGCACACGGACAUGGCCACGUUCGCGGCGCUGGUGAACUCGGCGGACGUGAUGGUGGGCGUGCACGGCGCCGGGCUCACCAACAUGGUGUUCCUGCCCCGCGGCGCCGUGCUCAUCCAGGUGGUGCCGUUCGGCGGGCUGGAGUGGCUCACCAGCGUCACCUUCAAGGACCCCGCCGCGGACAUGGAGGUGAACUACAUGGACUACAACGUGAAGCUGGAGGAGAGCUCGCUGCUGGACCAGUACCCGAGGAACCACCAGGUGCUCACCGACCCCUACGCCGUGCACAAGCAGGGCUGGGACGCGCUCAAGACGGCGUACCUGGACAAGCAGAACAUCCGGAUGGAUCUUGACAGGUUCAGAGCCACGCUGCGGGAGGCAAUGAGCCGGUUGCCGUCUCCGUGACCGGAGCUCCAACUGCCCGGUCCGGAGGUGGGAGGAGGUAGAUAGGUUGGUGUAUCCAUCGUCCCCGGCUCCCCGCUGUAUGCUCUCAAGUUGACUUAAUCUUCUUCUUCGUCUUUCUCCCCUUUUUGCUUCCUUUUUACUAGCAAGAUUCAUUUGAUCCAUUGUUUUGUUGUGUUAUUAUUACUACUACAUAUAAGGAAUCUCAUGGGAAAAUGAUGAGCAACCAAAGCAAGACCAAGUUGUUGUUAUAAAUUUAUGUAUACAGUGAGAGAGGCCAGCUGAAUCCAGCAGAGAUGUUGAUUUGUUAAUUUUAUACUAGUAUAUAGUAAUAGGAAGUAAACCCUUUUGUGAUUA